CUGCAAUUCGCUCGAGUUCGGUAAUGGAAAAACAACAAUGUCUCCUGAACGACAUUGUGUACGACAUCUUGAGUCGGAUGCCAGUGAAAUCCUUAAUACGAUUCAGGUGCGUUUCUAAGUCUUUUGGCUCCACAAUCACCGACCCUAAAUUCAUUGCCACACAUCUCAACCAAGCUAUAUCACUAUCCAAUAACAACAACAGUACUCACAAUGGCUAUCUUCUAUAUACGCCACAUCCUUCAUCACCUGACAUCGAGGAAGAAUUGCAUACAGUUGUUUACAACACUGACCACUCUUUGACUGAGGUUUCUAGCUUUGAAAUCCCCUAUGUUCUUGGUGGUGCCAACAUUGUUGCCUUCUGUAAUGGUUUGCUUUGUCUCACUAAUAAUUCUGAGAAGAACUUAGCUGAUCAAAGUCUAUAUUUGUGGAACCCAAGUAUUAAAAUGUUUAAGAUAGUUCCUACUCAAUUUCCUGACCACCUUUCUGUUUCUGGGGUCACUUUUGGAUUUGCUCAUCAAAACAAUGAUUUCAAGAUUCUCAGGCUUGUUUGUUUUGCAAGUGGAGGGGCCGAGGCGCAGGUUUACACUUUAGAGUACAAAUUCAUGGAAAAAGUAUGAAAUAUCGUUGGAGUUUUUAAAUGGGUCAUCUAUUCAUUAUAUAUGUUCAUCACCAUGUUUAUUUUUUAAUGGAGCUCUCCACUCUAUGGCAUAUGACAAUAAUCAGGAAUUUAUUUUGUCCUUUGAUGUUGAUGAUGGGAGAGUCCGUGGGAUAAUGCCGCCUCAAAACUAUGUAUCUGGUUGUUCUGAAUUUCUUGCUGUGUUCAAGGGAUCGUUGGCUUUGAUUGUUUUCACUGAUGAAGUAAUUGGCGAAAAUGAUAUAUGCGACAUUUGGGUGAUGAAGGAGCAUGGUGUGUCUGAGUCAUGGACGAAAAAAAGCGUACCAAUGGAAAUAAAUGCAAAUUUAAUUGGCUGCUCUGUCAAUGGUGAACUUUUGAUUGAGCAAACUAGCCAUUCGGGGGUCCACAUCAUCUCAUUUGAUUCUGAGAGUUUAAAUGAGGAAAAUCUUGGAAUUCCGCGGACUAGAGAUGUGAUUUACACUGCUGAUUUUGUGGAGAGCUUAGUUUUGCUUAACGGGGCAGACAUCAAAAAUCAGGCAGAAGACUAGAUAAGAUCAAGCAUCAAAUAUGUGGAUUGACAUGGGUGUGUUCUUGUUGUUUACGUUGGAAGUAUUGGUAUAUGUUCUCUUCAACAGGUUUGGUAGAAGACCAUCAAAUAUGUGGAUUGACAUGGGUUUGUUUCUGUUAUUCAUAUUCAGGUUUGGUAUAUAUGUUCUCUUCAACAGGUUUGCAAUAACAUUUUGACCAUUAGACUAAUAGUCUAUCAUUUUAUUUCCUUUAAGUUCU